AUUUGUUUUCCAUAUAUUCUUUAUGCCUACGGAUUAACAGUCAUGAUUGAUAGGAGCGAAAACAGAUCGACGAUGCUGAAACUUUUAUUUUUGUUGUUGUUUACUUCUAUGACAACUGCCGUGCCCACCGAAAACGAGAUCGUCGACUAUCAGUGCAUGUUUAUUGGAAGGGCAGCUAACUGCAGUCACCAAAAUUUAACGUAUAUUCCAAAGCUGAAGGACGACAUUACGUAUCUUAUAUUUGAAGACAACAAUCUUCCAAAUGUUACUCAACAGAUAUUUAGAAACAUUAGCAAUCCAGAAAAAAUGUUUGAUUUAAAACUUGGAUUUAAUAAAAUAGUGCGCAUAAGUGCGGAUGCAUUAGACAUAUUUUAUAGGUUGAAACUGCUGGAUUUAUCUGGAAAUCACAUAAUCGCUGAAGAUUUGAAACAUCUUUUAAGGGAAAUAUCUGAAAACCAUCACCUUCGGACUUUGCUUCUUAAUGAUAUCGGUGUGGAUACAAUAAAAGAUGAUAUUUUUUCCUUAAUGAAAGGUUCACGGGUAGAGAUGUUACAUCUGCAACGCAACACUUUAACACAUAUUUCCGAGUCGUUUCUGUGGUGUUUUGAAUUUUUGAAAAAUCUUGUCGUCAGCCAUAACCUUAUAACACAAGUUGACCUAUUAUAUCUAGUUCAUUUAAAUAUUCUUCGGUUGGAUAACAAUGAAAUUAGUAAAGUUCCAAAGUUUUGCAAGAACGGCCACAACAAUAGUCUGGUGCCAAAUUUACAAAAGCUCUGUCUUAGCUAUAAUAAUUUGUUUGAAAUACAGAGAGACAACUUCAAAUGUCUUGAUAAUCUGAAAUGGCUUGAAGUAAAGGGAAAUGUAAUUUCUGUAUUUCCCAAUGAUUUUCUCCGACACCUUCCUAACAUUUUGUCAUUCAAUGCUCAGAUAAAUACAGGUCAAUAUCCGCUUAUAGAACCAUACGCAUUUAGGUCAAAGUCACUUGCUGAACUCAAGAUCGGUAGUCAUAAAUCUGGAAAAUCUGUAUUCAGUUCAACAACAGAGACAUUCAAGUAUGUGCCUAGAUUAAUUACGCUUGAAAUAGGUUUUAUAAAUACGAUUGACAUGUCAAAAGAAUCGUUACAUGCUCUAUUUUCUCCCCUAACAAAGUUAAAGUACUUCAAGUUCUACAACUGUGAAAUGCCGCACGACCCACGAGUUAUCCUUUCUAACAAAACCCGUUUGGAAAAAGUUAUACUGGAUAGAAAUUACAUUCAAAAUUUAAGUAGUGAUACUUUCAAAGCAAAGCCAUGGCUGAAACACAUUUCUUUAACAAAGAAUAAAAUUGGACACAUAAAACAAGACGAAAUCUCGACUGAGUUUCUAAAUACAUUAGACAGUAUAGAUUUAUCAAGAAAUCCAUUUAUCUGCGAUUGCGAUCUUGAAUGGUUCAUAACAUGGCUAAAGUCGCCAAAGAAGACAAAUGUUCAAUUUUAUCCGGAAGAAUAUGAAUGUACCUAUCCUAACAAUGUUGCCGGGAAAAAAUUGUCGGAAGUGUAUUUUUCAUACAGGCAAUGUCACCCUUUUACCCUUUGGGAAUGGGCAGGUAUGAUUUGCGGGCCUUGUGUUUUUGCAAUACUUGUACUCUUGAUCAUCCUAUAUCGUAAUAGGUGGAAUAUCAAACAUUACAUAUACUUGAUGAGGAAAAGACGGAACUAUAUGCAAAUAAAAGGAGAAAAUUGUCUUUAUGACGCUUUCAUUGCCUAUAACCAAGAUAACUCUUCGUGGGUACGAGAACAUUUGAUUCCAGUUUUGGAGGACCAACACAACUUGAAGAUGUGUAUUCACGAGAGAGACUUUCAAGCAGGUGUCUUCAUCAAUGAUAACAUUGUUUAUAGCAUUGAAGAAAGUAAGCAAAUCAUACUUAUAUUGUCGAAUUCAUUCUCAAAAAGCGCCUGGUGCAUGUUUGAAAUGAAAGUUGCUCACUCAAAACACAUUGAAGACGGGACAAAACUUGUUGUCAUUUUACUGGAGGAAAUCUGGAGUAGAAACAUGAAUGAAUCAAUGAAAGUUCUCUUGAAGACAACAACCUACAUUGAAUGGACAGAAGACUGUGUUGGACAAGAACUGUUUUGGAAUAAACUCAAAGAUGCUGUAAAAUGACAAAUGUGCUUAAAAUGUUAUUUUCCGCAGCGAAUGGUCAGCAGUCAUAGUAUAGUCUGUGUCAUUUACGUUGACCAUAUUUUCAAAAUGAAAACCGCUUUAAAUGCCAUGUUAGCUUGUUUUCGCAACUAAGACAUUGGAAAUUCCACGAAAACCAGGUUUUCAAUUGCAUCACACCAACAGAUUCUUAGCAUAAACCAUUUUUCUAUUUUCAGUAACAGUGACCCAAAAUACAAUCCAAAGCCAGUUCUUAUAUUUAAAGUUAUAAACUCGAAACCAGCUGUUUGAUGAUUAAACUGAAAAAAAAAAUAUUAUUUUUUUAUAACUAUGACCAUAUUUUUUUUUUUUUAGUCACCCAAUGGCAUUAAAAUGACCUUUUUGUCACAAAAAAGGAAAUGAAAAAACAAUUUGGAUCUCAAUGAGAUUUGAACAGACACUCUUCCAUUCCACAGCACAAAAGUCUAUUUUCUAUUUCAAAUAUGGUCCCAUUUUUCUAUUUUUAGCUACAUUGACCUUGACCCUGAUCCAAGUGACCUCAAAUAAAAGCUAUCUACACACCAAGUAUACUGAAAAUAAGUGUACCCAAACUAAAGAUAUUGAGUGGAAGCCUUUUUUCUAUUUUUAGUAACAGUGAUCGCAAAUAUAAUUUUAAGCUAAUUUUCAGAUAAGCUUGCUGUACACAAAGUUUGAUUGCAGUAAGUAAAUCCAAACUAAAAUUAUAAAGCGGAAACCACCUUUUUGAUGAUAACAUUGAGAAAAAAAAUCUAUUUUUAGAGAGAAAAAAUCUAUUUUAGUAACACUGACCUUGACCUUGACCAAAUGGCAUUAAAAUGACCCUUUUUAUCACAAAAAAAGAAAAAAAGAAAUAAAACAUUUUUUUUGGAUCUCAGUAGGAUUUGAAUCGACGACCUUUCGUCCCACUGACUAAGAAGUAGCUUUGGCUCAACGCCACCGUGGAAUUUUCUAAUUAUGAAGCCUGACCUUGAACUUGAUCUCAGUGACCCCAUAUUCGAUCCCAACCUUGGUUUUUCUAUAAGCUACCUAUAGACCAAGCUUAAUUUCAAUACAUCAAUGAAAACCGCGGUACCCAAUUUUUCUAUUUUAGCAACAGCGACCUUGACCUUGCCCAAAAUAACUUAAAAUGAAAUCCCAACCUUUGUCUUCUUACCAUUUAUCUACAGGCCAAGUUUGGUGUCAAUAGCUUGUUCCAAACUAAAGUUAUCGUGCGGAAACCAAGUUUGACGCCCGGCCGUCCACCCGCCCGCACAUCCAACGACAUAUCCCACCGGUUUUCUACGAAAAUCUGCAUAAUAAAGUAUGAGUAGAAACUUUAAGGUAAUAUCUCUAUCCACGGUCAGUUCAUGCUGCAUCAAAUGUUGGACAUUCUCGUGUUCUGAUUCUUUGACCUUCAUUGUUCGUUGUUCUUUUAGUAUGAUGUAUAUACAAUAAAGACAGAAUAAUAUUUUCCUCGUAUACAUGAUUUGAACAAACAACAACUUUAUAUAUUUUCUAACUAUUAACCGAAAGUAAUUUAAAUAUUGAUUUUAUAUGAUGUAAGAUGUUUGUGCGUGCGUGCGUGCGUGUGUGUGGAGAUAUACACCUGUCCCCGAUUUCACGAAAAUACUUAAGUUUGUUAAGUGACUAAAGUGCGUUAAUUUGCUUUAAGGGUGAUGCAGGCAUAUAACAAGUCAGCCUAUUUAUAAAUCCACCUCAUCAGGUAUGCUUUCAAUCUUUCGUUUGUGUUUUAAACGUUUGAACCGCUUUGAAUUAUGACUGCGUCCGUCAACUUUUGUCAAAAACUAUUAACUAAGUCUUUUGUGUCAUUUCAUCAACAUGAAAUUUUACCUGAAUCGUUCUUAUAUACUUUCAGCCUUAUUGAAAUACAGUUGUUAACACAAAAUUUACAUGUAAAUGUUGAUUUGCUAACCGUGCUCAUCAGCGGUUAAUUUCGCACAUGUUGGCUACGUAUGUGUGUCUGUACGACACUUGAGAAGUUUCUAGGAAAUAUGUAUCGGUGCCUCCAUAUGUUGUCCAAUAUGACUGUUUUUAAAUUACUUCUUUUUUUAAUUUGUCAAGUUUUUCAGAGAAAAAUUAGUAC